AUUUUUAAUUUUCGGCGGUGGAAAUUUUAUGUGGUUGGAGAGCAUUUAUGGCUGCGUUGGUAUGGCUUGAUAAAGAAAUCACUUAAGGUUUGGUUUUGUCUUAAUAUGUGGUUUUCAAGAAGCAAUAACAAAUCUUCAUAUGUGCAAAGUAAUCUAACUGGAAUUUCCCUACGCAAUGCAACCGUCAACUGAAACGCUGUACAAGGAGAUUCCUAUUCGAACUGUAGAAUUGUACCGGAAACCUGAAGGUUUUGGCUUUACUCUUUCUAGCCAAGGACCUUGCGUGCUAAGUUGUAUUUUAGCGGGAAGCCCCGCUCACAGAGCUGGUUUGAAGCCGGGUGAUCAGAUAAUUGAAGUGAAUGGAACCUCUGUACAGAAGACACCUCAUGAACAAGUUGUCAAAUUGAUAGCAAGUUCGACGAACGGGAUGGUUCGACUCGGGGUUCGAAAGCGUGCUGAGAUUCAAAGAACAGCGGUGAAUGGCGAUAAAAUCAACUAUGAGAUUUCAGAAGAAAAAGUGGUCGAAGAGGCAAUAAUCAACAGAGUGGAUAAAGUCGUAGAAGAAUUGAGAUCAGGGCAACUGUUCGGGGAUUCUUCGAAACUCCGCCAAACUCUUUCCAGUGGAAAAUUCAUUUCCGCGGAAGAGGUCGUGAGUGACGAAGAACUGAAAGCAUCGUUUUGUGAAAGCAUAAGGUCAGAAAGUUCUUUCCCGGGCUCUUCUCCUGCCCAGAGUUAUGCCAGUAGCAGACGCUCCAGCGAAGGAGAUGUCGGCUCAAAUUCGUCUUCUCCACAGUUAUCACGGCUGCUCUAUCCAACUAUGACGCCAUUGAGAAAUCACAGUCCAGCGAAUAUCGGUUUUGAACCGGAAUUGCGGGUGAUUGUCGGCUAUUUAGGCUCAAUUGAGUUGCCGGCUGCAUCGAGUUUGCCAGCCGCAAGUUUGACCGCGAUUCGUAAUUGUGUACGCCGUCUCAGAGCGCAGCAGAAAGUUCACAAUAUUUUCGUCAUGGAAAUUUCAUUGACAGGUAUACAACUUGUUGACAGCGAGAAGAGAUCUGUUGUCACGUACCCUUUGAAGUCCCUGGCCUUCACUGCGCUCUGUUCAGACGAUAAAAGGGUCUUUGGUAUAGUGACUAGAAAAAGUAAUGAACCAGAAAAAGUCAUUAACCCAUUGAACAGCUGGCAUGCCCAAAAUAACCACAAAAUUGAUCUGCAAAGUACUGUGAAUUGUUCUUGCCAUGUGUUCUCAGUUGAUCCUGAAUUGAGAAGUCAUGAGACUCACCAACAUGUAGCUGAAAAGUACAGAAUACAGUGCACCCCUCUGGGAGUAGACGGUGGCUGUGCUGAAUUUCCUGGGUCAUCCAGCACCAUUCUAAAGACCAUUACUGGAAUGUUUAAGGAGAGAACAGGCUCUGAAUCUGGUGGAACAAGUAGUGAGGGGGAAGUGUUCACAAAUGUGCGAGUACGGUCUGCAUCAUUGUCAUCCAGUCAAUCAGAGUCAGAUGCUGUUAGACACCGCAAUGAUGUAAAAAGUCAACCCCCGACAAUUGACUUUGCAAACAAUCAGGCAGUUAAUGGACUUCAGCAAGAUCUUCAGUCGUCUCAGUCUAUAAAACAUAUUUCACCUAAUGAUUCCAAAUAUAGACAAAAAGGAGAAACAGACAAAGAACAAGAAGGAGUUUUAUCCUUCAAUCAGCAAGUUCAUCCUGCCGAGAGAAAUGACUCUGGUAUUGGAUCUGAUUCUUACCCUCAAAAUGACACUGAAGCUGUUAAUGGUGCUACUUUCUCCAAAGAAAGUAACUCUCGGAGACCUCCUCCCCCAGUGGUUAGUGUCUCAUCAUUUCAUUCUCGUGAGAGCUCAGUAGAUUCGCAGUUUUCAUUGGGAUCACAUUAUGAUCCACUAACUGGAGUGCCAUCUGGCAUUCUAAGGAAACCUCGCAGAAACUCAGACAGUGAAGAGAUGGGAUCUAAAGAGAGACAUCUCAGCAAUUCUCAAGAGGUAAGCAUCUACAGUAAAUUACACAGGGUCCGUACAGCGUCUUGAAUUCUUGAAAAAGUCUUGACAUUUGUCCAGGAAAUGUAGAUUUAGUCUGGAAAAAUGGUAAAAAGUCUGUUUUUUUUUUUUUUUUGCAAAGCUCAAACAAGUGCUUUAGAAGGGAUUUGUUUUUCAUUUUGGUCAAGUCUUAUUCAAACUCACCCAUAUGUUUGUAGCACACCAUGAAAAUAGCUCCAUUGAUCAUGUAUUUGAUAACCUUGAGUCUAGAAAGAGAAAUUAUUGUUUUGAAGAAAGUCUGGAAAAAGUCUUGAAUUUUAAAUCCAAAUAUCUGUACGGGUCCUGAUUACAGUAAGCUUAGCUUAUUAUCAAGCACAGCUGUAAACUGACAUACUAAUGGUAUUUAUGCUCCAGAUUGGUAAAUUUGGCUCUGCAACAGUUAAAUUUUGUGUUCAAUUCAAAGUGCAGUAUACAACAUUUCCCACACUGGAGGUAUUCUGCAAUGAGACCACAAAUUAAUGUUUUGAAUGUUCCUCAAUUUAAUGAGUCAAGUGACUAAUAUACACAAUGGUAUAUUGUACAUGUCGGUGCAAAUGUUUUUUUUAAAGCACCAGAAAUUCAAUGUCAGCAUAGCCUGCGUAGCUGGCGGUAUUGUGUAGUAGUCAAGCGAGAUUUGGCGGCGGAGCCAUUGUACGAGUACGAUUUGAUGGCGGAGCCGUCACGAGCGGCGAAGCCGCGAGAAAUACCGCCUGCCAGAGGACCAUGAUUUUUUGAAUGCCGCCCACUUUUGUCACGUUAGCUGAUCCCAAUUAAAUCAGCCAAUCAAAGAGAUACCUGCAAUUUGAAGCUUCCGAUUAUUUUCGUGCGAGACAGUUUAGAAAUAAGCGUUGACAGGCUAAACACGACUCCUAAGCUCGUGAUAAUGUGAAACGUGACCUUGUGAGUUUGCUGGAACAGAGGUUUUUUUAUUUUCUCUGCUCUCGCUCGAAGGUUACUAGCACUACACAGUGCAUGUAUCAUUCUAAACUUUGACUGAGUAAAUCUUUUUUUGCAACACUAGGCUUAACAUUAAAAGGUCAUGAAGCUUACAUGCAUACUGAGUAACCAUUACCGGUGGUUUAUUCUUCUGUAGGUGUUCCUGAUAUGAUUUGAUCUCAGAUGCAGUUGUAAAGUGUUUUAAUUUUCUUUGACCUCUGUUUCUUACGGCUAAAUAAAGACAAUUCCAGCGCUGUGAAGUUUAAAGAUGCCAUUUCGGCAAUUUGGUCAUCAAUAAAUCACAAUCACUUUACAUGUACGUAUUUUCCAGUUUGACAUCUGCUCCCUAAAUUGGGAAAUAUAUGGGAAGGCUCAUCUAACAUGAUUGACAUAUGUAUGGCCCUCGACCAAUCCGUUUCCCCGCACACUGGUGUGCGGACUUUUCAAAAUACCGGGGUUUUCUGGCAGGCGGUAUUUCAACCGCCUCGUCCCUACUCCCUUUUUUUGGAACACGGCUCCGCCGCCAAAACUUUAAUCUCGCACCCACACAAUACCGCCAGCUGUUGAUGACUCAGUCAGAUGAAGGGGCUGUACUCUAUCUGUACCUGCACCCCUGGUGUCUUACUUCUGCCCUUGGGUGACUAGGAAAUCUUAGCUUUUGCAUAGAAAUCAAAAUGCUGUUUACUGUACCCUGGAUUUCACAGGUUCAGAGCACUGGUCUCCUUAUAAUUUUUCCAAGAGCAGAGCCUUGCCUGGUAGUCAGGCUUUUAGCCAGACAUGAAAACGGGCUGUCCAGAAGGCAUGUUUUCCCUUGAUUAAGUGAAUUUUCCUUGUAUAUCUUCCAAAAAUGGGUGUCCGUCGGAUGGCUGGACACCCUUCUGGCUAAAACUUUGCUGAUAGUGGUAUAUAAUUGUAAUGGAAGCACAAUUUAUUGUUAUGAAUGAUGAAACACUUGUAUUUAGCCUCAAACUUGUGCAUGACUGCCAAAUACAGUAGUUCAGGUCACAGUAAAAAAAAAAAAGAUGCUCAAGGAAAUUUUCCAUCGUGAAUCAAUAUUAUUUGAUAUGACCUUGUUUUUUUACACGUCCUUACAAAGUUCAGUAGAUCCACGUAAUUGUUUCUCUGAAUUCUGCUUUCCAACAGUUGGGUUAAACAAGUAGAAUACUAAUAAUUUGAAACUGACUUGGCAUCUUGAUCAGGAGUCAAAUUUUGCCACACAUAAAUCAGGUGUGAUGGGUUUAAAAUUACUGCUGUUGAAACAUUGCUCAACUGUUAUUUGCAUAAGUGGCACUUUAGGUAGGGAUUGAAGUUGAAUUAAACAAUAAAAUGUUGACACUUCUUAAUUGAUUUCUGUUUGUAGAGGCAAUAUUAUUAUGAUUAAUCAAUAGGAAUAGAUCAGCAUCACCUUCGUCAUGUUUUUUGCAAAAGCUAAAGCAAAGGCAAGCACAAAAUACCCAACAAAAAUUACUUAUUGUUGUGUACAUUCAAAAAGUAAUGUUUUAAAAUGCUUGUGUUAUAAUACAGUGUAAGCGCAAACACUUUUUAUGUUUAGUUUAAGUUUUGAAAUAGGAAACUUGCCUGCCUUUUACAUGACAUCUUACAUGGUGAUUGAAGUUGAAAUUGUUGAAUAUAAUAUUAUGUCCUAGUUGAUUAAUUAUUGAUUGUUUGGAUAAGGCAGUUAAUGUUAUAAAUUAUUAAUCCAGGAUUUCUUUACAAUCUGUUUAAAUAAAAAAUGUUGUUUUAGUCUGUAAUGUGUGAGGCUGAAUUAGUCAAGAAUUGGUUUAAGUUAAAAAAUUUGUCAGAUUCCUGAUGUCUAUACGGUAACAUAAUAUGCUUUGAGGCAUAAGUUUUUUGUCAACCUGUGUGACUGCUAGCAAUGCGUAAUGACUUCAUAAAAGCUAAAACCCGUGCCUAAAAGAAAUCUCUGCCAGUCUCAUAAUAUUUCUAAACGUUUAAGCCAUGGAACAUGAUUUUUUCUUUUAAUAACUUGCUUUUAAAUUCAGACGCAAUCAGUAAAAUUUACUGGUAAACUCAGAACCUCAUUUGGUAACAAGGCUUAAGUUUGCUUAAAAUACUUUCAUCAGUGUGGCCAUUUGCAGUGUUUAAUAAAUAGUAAUUAUUUUUUGUUUAUUUUUUAGAAAGGAUAAGUAGUCUUUAAACACAUAGCUCUACUUGUACACUGUUACUUGCUGUAGUUGGGAAAUAUCUUUUAAUGGAUAAGGUUGACUUGAAUUUUCUUUUUCUCUUGCCUGUGGUUUACUAUGUGUACAUUGCUUUCAUAUAUUGUAUUUUGACAAAAAUCAUUUAAAAUAAACAGCUUAAGUGCAAUAUUGUGAAACAUGUGUCAAGGGUUCUAAACAUCAUGUCUUUUGCCUUUAUAAGGGGAGCAAUACAUAUUGUUGUAACUGUGUCCAACUCUUUUACAGUUUUUGUUUGUAAAUAAUAACUUCAGGCUACAUUAAUAUGCUAAAUAAAACAUUUAACGUAAAGUUUUUGUGAUAUUUUUCCAGCUUCAGUGAAAAGAAUUAAGUCAGUGAGAUAUUUCAUCCAAUUAGUGAUGUCUCCUAAUAAUGUGAUGAUUUAAAAUAGUAAUAUAAAAUUACAUGUAUCUGUUAAGGAAGCAAAUUCUAUUCUUUUCUUUGAUGAUAUUCAUUCAUUAAGACCGUGUUAAAAAGGAAGAAAUUUAGAUGAGGCAUACUAGACGUAGCAAAGAUAUAUUUUUGUAUACAACUGCUAUAACCUGAAUUAUGCAGAAUAAAAAUAUUGGACUUAUUAGGAAUUUAAACAAAUUGACGAUCAUUAGCUGUAAUAAAUAUUGGCAUGAGAUUCUUGAAAGUGAUAAACAGUAUCAACUUCAAUUUUGAUGAUGAAAUUCAACUAAUUGGAAUUUUAGUGGAGAGCAUUUUCAUGACAGCUUCAGAUAAGCUAUUUUGGUCUAAGGCUUCAGAUAGGCUAUUUUGGUGGUAAAACUAUUGUCCUUCGCUUCCCCUUUGAAGUAUUGAUCAUUCAAGCAAUAGACUAAUCCAGGUAUUCAAUGAUAAUGCAAGCUACUUGGCAUUCCCUUGGGGUUUUUGUUAAUGAAAUUUGUAAACAUAACUGAGAUGUCAUUGAGUUUUGCAUUCCAUUUGAAGACCACUGGAGCACUAAUCAAGGCUAUGUGUUACGUAUGCCCAAAACAAAAUGCAUAAACCGAAUUGCAGCUGGCUUUGUUUAUGUCUAAGAGCCUUUCAAGGUCAGUGUCUUGUUUUUUGUAAUUGUGUCAUGAACAAUAGCUCAAUUCAAAAACAAUACUAUGUAGUCAUGCAGUGAAACAAAAGCAGCAAACCUUAAUAAUAUUUUUUGAAUAUGGCUAAUUGAGUUCAAGCUAGAGGCAAAAAAUUCUUGCCUUGCUGAAUAACAUUGCCUUUAUUUUUAUUCCUCAAAGUUAAUUCGUUAUUGUAAGGAAUUUCAAGGGUUUUUCCGGUGGAAAAGCCUGACUUCUGUUGACUGUAUGUCGGCAGUAUUCAAUAUUUACAUACCAGCAUUUGAUUAUACAGUUAUGAUAAAGUGAAAACAUUUUCACUUCUCAUGAGAGUUGUCUGAAUAGAAACUGUUCAGAAUUUGCCAAGCUAUCUAACUACACUGUAGUAAAGGAACAAAGUGUUGUUUAUUAUUGUAAAAUUUAAUUGUUAAAACACUUCAUCCUUCCCGAAAUUCAUGCUGCAUUUUAAGCAAUGUUAUAAGUUCUAUACAAUAAAUUGUACAAUUACACCCCAGUGGUUGUAAAGAUCAUAGACUCUGUUGUUAUAGUUAUUUAUAAAUUAAUGACAUAUGAAAUUCACACUUCCAAUGGAUAAGUGCUUUCAUUCAGUAAUAUUUGCCGACUCACAUGAAUAUAAUUAAUUAAAAAUAAUUUCUGAAUUAUUUUUCUUCAACGAAACAGCCAGUGGAACUGCUCUUCAAGAGCAGAUUUACAAAUUCCUCCCUAGUUAUUAGAUCACUUCCUAAGACUGCUUCUCAAGAGUGGCUCCUUGUUUUGAGACAAUACUUGUAGAUACAUAUUCAUCUUACCUUAAGAUGGCUUUGGGAGUACAGCCUCUUUUUAGAAAAUAAAUCAAGAUCCUAGGAAUGAUUAAUUUAAAUUAGUUGACUUUUUUGUGUAGUAAUAUACAAAUAAAUGUUUAAUGCAUCAAUGUUCUUGUUGUCUCCCACUCUUGACAUGACAACUAGUAUCACCACCAAGAAAAGUUUGUAUCUUUUUUUCUAAUCUAAAUUUUGUGGAGUAAAAUUGACGACAGGUCUGACAUACUCCAAGACUCCAAGGUUUGUGGAGUUAUAUGUCAGAUGCCACACUUCAUAUGACAUAUGUACAACAAUAAUGAAGAUAUGCCUUGGGUUAACAAGUGAUUGUAGGGUACACAAGGCAGUCUUAGUAAUACAAAUACUUGUCUGACUCAAGACUCUGACUCUCUGACUCAGACUUGCAUCAUUUAUAACCUCUUUAUCCUUGUUUUCUUAUAUUUCAGUCCCUGGCUCAUUCUGAUAUUGGUAAGUGCAUGUGAUAUAAUGUACUUAAAGCUAUUCUCUUCUAAGCAUUUGUUGUAUGUUGAAUUGCAGGUUCUCAUUUUAUUAGAAGGGGUAUUUAUCUUGCAUCUCAGGGCAAUGUCAUCAAGAAACAUGAAUUCCAGCAUUUUCCUUGCUGGGUUGCUUGUCUGGGGUCAUUGAAAGCGUAUCUCUAAGUUUAUGUUUAAUUAUGAGAAGGUGACGUGCCCGGCUCAUUGCUGAUUGCUGACUUGCUCAGUGGACAACUUAACAUGAGAGGUUACUUGCCUGACAGGAAAAUCUAGUCAUCCCACACAACUGGAAUUGGACUUUUAAAAAGGCCUCUUUAUCUGUGAUUAGCCGAUCCAGGUGCAAGAAAGUCAGUGAUAAUGAGUUGCUUUUCAAGAGGGACACUAACUUGGAUUUUAAGCUUUGAAGUUUGAACUAUUUUUUUUAAAGAGAGGUUUUCUUGAAUAAUCUGGGGUUUUUCAUUUUCAUUUUCUACUGGUUAUAUGUUUAAUUAGUGCUUGUCAGGUUUACCUUUUCUGACCGUAAAAUUUUCAUUUUUUUUUUUUCUUGAUAAAAAAAUGUUGGUUUCAGGUUUUUAUUAUAUGCGCAUAUCCUCUCUUCAUUUUUGCUCUUUUGGUCCAUUCAUAAAAAGGUCCAACCCAACCCUAACACUUCUGCAUUUAAUUUAUUUUAAAUCUAUCUCAAUGACCUCCACAAUAUUACUUAUGUUGAAAACUAGAGUGAACAUUUAUUGAAAUUUGCCCUUUUUGAUCGUUUUAGCUUGUGGUUUUUGUGAUUUUGACAACUGUAAACUGUGGUUUGACAGUUUUGUUGAGAUGUUUUAUUCAGUUUCUAUGGGCUAAUGUUUCCUUCUCUUCAUCUUAUCCUAUAAAUUAAAUUAUAACCUGAAUUACAUGUACCAGUGGUAAUAUUUUUGCAUACUUUGGUAUUAAUGUGCUAACCUUAAUUUCUUGACUGAGUAAAUGUACCUUGAAUCAUUCAACAGUGUUAUUUAUAUAUAUAUACAUGCUUGUGUUAAGUUCAAAACUGAAAUAAAUAUUUUCUUGAUUCCAAUCACAUGAUCCCAUUCUGAUGACCUCAUGACAGGAGCAUUAAAAUCUUGCUGUAACAAAAGUUGAAUUUGUAACUGCUUGUAGCCUAGCCAUCUGAAAUGGAAAAUUUUAUUUCCUCAGAUGACAGCUUUCUUAUUAUUGGACUAAAGUAGUAUUUGCUUCCAAGAAAACUGUAAUCCAAAGACAUAUGGCUGGCUAUUUAUACAUUUUAUAAUAUGAAAAAUAAUAAUUGAAAGGUGAAGUUUACUCACGGCAGUGUGUGCAAGUGUCACUGGUACAGCCUUCAUCAUGGGAAAUGGUAUUGCUUGAUUGUGAAAAGAUCUUAGUGCUAUCGCACUUCUCUUUAAGUGCCAGAUCUUUUUCAUUUUACUGAACUUGAUUUAAAAACAUAAAUUCAGUAUCACCAGUGUCAUAAAAUUAUUUAUACCAUUCCCUGAGUUGUUAUCAGGUGCUGUGACAACAUGAAUAUUCUUGUUGUUGCUAUUUUGUUGACAACUGUUGGGCAAAUGCUGGCAGGCAAUUUGCUGCUUAAUUUGGAAUCUGUUGAUGAAUCAAUGUUUUCUGAGUAACCCACACUCCAAUGUAACCAGUGAAUAUGAGCUGUUUACCAUCCAGUGGUUUGUUGUUUGAAUCACAAUAAUAGAACUUACAACUUAAAUGGUUUCAUUUUACAGUAAACCUUGUGAUUUUGAAAGAGAUUUUUGGGAAUGAUAAAAACUUGAGUCUUUUGUACUAACUCUGGUACAAUUUUGAUCACAGAAAACAACAAAGACGAAAAAAUAACAAUGGCUACACUUAAGUUGAUCUUAAAAUGCUUGGUAAAUAAAAAAAAUAAUGUCAUUUAAAGAAAAUUAUAUUUUGUAUCCCUUACAGUCCUAGGUUGCUCAUUAGUAAAGAAGAACUUAAAUGCAACUGAAAGCAUCAGUUCCAGCACUCAGAGCAUUCAUAGUUUAAGUAGCAUGCCCGGUGACAUGUCACAAGUCGACGGUCGCGUGAGUCGUUGGGCUCUUGGGUUUGACAAGCUGAUGGAGGAUCCUGCCGGUCUGGGCUGUUUCAAGGUACUGUGCAAUAAUAGUAAUAUUAUUAUACGGUCUCGACCUCCAUGUGCGACCACCUGUCAUAAGGAACCACCUCUCAUACAUGACUACCCAUCCUGAUCCAAAAUAUCAUGGUAAAAUCACUACAGUUGUUCUCCUCUCUUAAGCGACUGUGACCACUUCAUGGGAUAACGCCUUUUGAUGGCAUGUUUCAUGUUUUAGUGGCAAUGUGAAACUAUGUGUGCAGGUAACCGGUUAUCUCCCAAAAUAAACAAAGGGCUCGUUUUUACAUUUUGGAUGAUCCCUUACAGAAGGUUUGACUGUAUUUACUUACAGUCUGAGACUGCUUCAACUGCUUAUUGGUGGUAUCCUGGAAAGUGAGUCAAAUUGAGAAAGAUGCUCUAUUUGACUUGAAAUAAUCUUAGUCAAUGAUUAGAUUCAAAGCGAUAUCCUUAGGGAAUUCUGAUACGAACCUCUAACCACUGGGAGGUAAACGUCUUCUUAAACCUCAGUGAGGGUCUUGGUCAGCAAACUUAACUACCCCAAGCACUGUGCGUGGUCUCAUAUGCAUGUAUAGAAAUGACAUGGGGUUUGAGUUUGUGAAAGCUGUAUUCGCCACUUUGAGGUUUUGCGGGAGACCGGGCUGAGAUGGUUGUCAAAGUGCAUUGUGGGGCUGUUUUGGGGGACACAUUUGCCACCCUGUUGAAAAUGUGUCCCCCAGAACAGUCCCACAAUGCACUUUGACAGGCAUUUGGACCCUGUCUCCUGUGCAACCUCAAAGUGGCAAAUACCCUUGCCAUAUACUUUACUGCACUUUUAAAAUACACCAAUAACUGCUGUGUAUUAUCCACAGUAAGCAGGAUUAGGGAUGGUUUUUAUGCAUGCAGUUUUGGGUGGCUCUUAUUAUUUUUGCAACGUAAAAUUUUUACAGUUAAUGCAAACUUGUAAACUUAAUUAAAGUGCUGCAAAAGUAAAGUGAGAUAUGGCAUGUUCCCUUGUCCAUUCAUGCAUAUUUCAUACAUGUCUCUUGAUCAGAAAACUCUUCUCUUAAAGCCUCGUCUUUUUCCUCACAGGAGUUCUUGAAGAAAGAAUUCAGUGAUGAAAACAUUGUCUUCUGGAUUGCAUGUGAAAACUUUAGAAACCUCACCGAGUUUGAACAGGUAGGUUGUACUGGAUUAACGUCAGUAAUGACCAGUGUCACUAUAAAAUCGCAUGGUCUACUGUAAAUUAUAUUGCCAUAAUUUGCAUGCAGGUAGAAUUCACCUCCCAGUAACUAAACCAUCUGAAAAUGGUCAAGCAAGUUCCUCUCAAUCUAUUCGUUUCAUAGUGAAGAGUUUAGACUUCCUGAUGAUAAUGAUAAUUUAUUAACAUUCAGUUAUAACAUUUAACAGAAACAUCACAAAUCACAUACCAGUAUUUUAGUAAUUUACAUUGAUGGAUCAGUAAAGGGCCAUUCUGUUCAGGAUUCGUCAGCCCCUGUACUGUUAUAAGCUCUCCAAAACCCCUAAUGAAGUAAUCCCUUAUACAGAGCGGAAGUUUAUGGUAUUGAUGUGAUUAUCACAUUAUUGAUCAACAUGAUUGUUCAUUUCUCCUUCUUUCAUUUACCAGCUGAAAUUUGAAGCAGAGAACAUCUUCCACAACCAUCUUGCCCCCAAUGCUCCAAUGCCUGUUAAUAUUGACAGCAAUGCUGUGAAAGAUGCCGAGGAACAACUACAAAACCCAAAUAACGAUAUGUUUCGUCUUCAGCAACAACAGGUUUGAAAAAAAAAAUCUGUUUUCAUAAAAUUAAAUCUGCUUAUGUUUAAACAAUUAUUGAAAUCUCCAAAGUCUCCAUGUGAAGUUUCUGUCAUAAAGAGUUCAUUGUAAUGGAGACAGUCUAUUUAUGACACUGCCUUGUGAUAAGUAAGGCUGCUAUAACCACAUAUGCCACUCGAAACUUUAGCUUCUCUAUCAACUGAAGUUGAUAAAACCAAAUCUUUGUAGUAUUCUGACAACUCUAAUUGUAGGGUCUGCCUAAAACUGGCCAUACCUUGAACUAAACUCCUUAUGUGAAAUUUGUAAUAAUUUCUGUAAGUUAUUUAAUUGAAAGAGGCCAUUUUGGGAGUUGCCCCAAGCCCCUGUUCCAAACCUAGACAAAGCGCAAAGCCAUUAACUCUUUAAGCCCCAGUAUCUACAUGCAAAUUCUCCAAACUGAUCUCUAUACAUUUCCUUAAAGAAUGCAAGGCUCGAAAUAAUUUCCGGGGAGCCUUAAGACACGAUGACCGGCCAAAUUCAUUUUAGCUCGGUCACUUAUCGUUUCUGGCCAGUCAAAUUUAUGAGAUAAAUAACUCUUAAAACAAGGGCCCAUGAACCAAAACUGGCGUUAUAUAUUUCAAAAAAACAGCUGUGGGUUCAGAUAUUUCGCAGGGUCGAGGGGCCGCGAAAUUUGUAAGAAAUCUUAUCUAAUACAUGUCGAUACAACAUAUUUGAAACUUAUCUCGGCCAUUGGGGCUGUUAAUUGCCGUCAACUUCAUCCCCACAACGAGCGAACAACGUUCCAAAACUACCAGGCAUAAGUUAUGUUGGGAACAACUGGACACUAGUCAUGAUGUUUUAAAAAGCUUUGCCAUUGGCUCAUUUCUCGAGUGCUUUGUAGUUAAAAUAGCAAGUGAUUAUCUCUGUUAAAAAACUUUAAACACGCUCGUCAAAUCAGCGCAAAAUCGAUCGAUUUCUAACGAAAUUUGUCCAGAAAAUUCCCACGAAAUCAGCCGUUUUUAUCUAUUGUUUUUCGGCGAUGUUAGUCCCUAAGUUAGUCCCGAACAUUUCCGCGAAAUUCCCGCGAUAUCAGCCUAUUUUUCUGCGAAUGUCUCUAAAAAUCCCGCGAAACUUGACUUUUUUCUCCGCAACCGACCAGACGCCCUGAAGUUGUUGUUUAACUCAUAAAAGUGAAAAUAUUUUUAAUUUUGUGACCGAAAGCACAUGAACCCUAAUGUCUGUUUCAAUGCGCGAAUUGUAAACAACGGUUCUAGUUGUAUUUCACCCAGGAUUUCAUAUCAACGUUUCGCAAUGCACAGCGACUCGCUACAUACUGAUAACAAUUGAAACAACUGAUUGUGACCGGUCAACAUGACCGGCAAUACGAAAAGUUGACUGGUCAACUCCCCAGUCAGUCCGGACAUUGUCCAUUGACCGGCCGUUGUUUCGAGCCCUGGAAUGAGUUAAGAGAAUUUGUUAAAAGAUCAAGGCAUUUUUACUUAGGUGAUCAUUUUAUUAAUUCUCAUAACUUAUCUGUUGACAAUGUAUGGAUAUUGAUAGGAGAAAAUUGAUCUUGGUCACUAUUGGGACUUAAAGGGUUAAUGUGCAAAUAAUUUUUUGUUCUCAUGGAAAUAAAACUCAUUUUCACAAGAAAGGUUUUGCAGUUAGCCUCGUUUUGAAAGUGAGAGUUUCUGGAACAAGGAAAUGGCCUAUUAAGGUAAGACCUACUCUGACUAACAUUAGUUAAGAGAACAAGCUUGUUUGUUCCAGGUUUACACGCUGAUGAAAUUUGACAGCUACCCUCGCUUUCUAAAGUCUGAUGUUUACAGGCAGAGCCUUGUAGCUGACUUGGAAGGAGCACCCCUCCCUGGGGAAGAGGGAGAAGAGAACAGAGAAUUGAAAACAAGAGGCAGCUUCUUUUGGAAGGUAGGAAGCAGGGGCAGGGUCCAGACAAUUCAUAAAGGGACAGCCAGGACACUUGCCAUUAGAGUUCCAGUACCUCAGUGGUUAGAGCAUCAGAACUAGAACUCAGAUGGUUGUAAGUCUGAUUCUCACCUGGAGCUCAGAAAUUUUUCUGAGCUUUCUGGUGUUUGAAUUCUCCUUCUUCUCUAAUUUUUACAUGUAGUUCUACAGAAAGGUGGGUGCAGUCCACUUGGCUGACCCCUAGAUCCACUUAUAGGAAGUGUUGGGGGAAGUGCUAAAUUCAGAAAGGGGUGGCCGGGAAACUUGACAGCUAUUUAGAUACUCUGAAAUACUUACUGAGAAGUCUAUAAAAAUAUUAAAGGGUAUGACCUUAGUCCCCUUGGCCAACCCCUUAAUCUGCCCAUGCUUACAGCACUUGACUUUAAAAGUACCCUUGAAGCUUCAGGUGCAACCAGCUGGGGGUAAAUAUUGGAAACAAUGGUUAUGGGAAAUUUGGGAGAGUGGGUAAACGAGGUGCAUUUUGGUCUCGGUGAAAAUGGCAAAUUCUUGUCAUUUUCAUUUUUUGUACAUGUUAUGAUAAAACUAAGAAAUGUCAACACAUUAAAAUCUGUUUUCUUUGAUACCGCAUUGAAUCAAUAAAAUAAUACGUAAGUCGUGUAGUUCUUCUUUUUUUUCAUUAGUUUUUAUUUUACUGAGCCUAAUAUCAAUCAUUUUGUUAAAGAAGAAGUUAGAAAAAUAUGAUUAAAAGAAACGUUUUAGUUUAAUUUUUCUUCUUAAAUACUUGAUAAAACAAGUUAAUUAUAACUGUAUGAAUGAUUUGCUACUCGCUUUAUUAAGCCUAUAAACCCUCAUCAAGACCUUAUUCAAUUUCUUCUCAUAAUACCACUGCGUGAAAACCAUUUAGAUGAUGAGAAUAAAGGAAGUGACCACCGAAGAUAAAAUUCUCGAUUUGUAUACAGUUUUUCCUAAUGAGCAUCAAAAUUUUUUUUUUGAGAUUAGUGUUAAAAAUUUGCAUGCUUGGAUUUUUAUUAUCAGACACAUUUGGGCUCUUACGUUGUACUGGUAUUUUGAAGGUCAACUUAACUUUUGAACUUGAAAUAAAUUGUAAGAAUUAAAUGAAUUUAAAACGCCAUAAACCAUAACUACAAGAUUGCCCAUAACAUUGACUUUCUAGAUUCCUUUUCUUUAUCCGUCCUCUGAGGAAUCAGAAUUUUCCAGCGGCAGCAGUAGAAGCAGUUUUAGUCUUGAAGGACAGGUAAACAAAAUAUGUAAAACUAAUAAGUUAAAGUUUUUUUCCUGAUACCGGUAACGUCUAUUUAUUCCCUUUGUUCCCCGUGUCUCUUUAACGAGAGGGACCGGGGUAUAGUGUUACUGAAAAUCAAACUAAAUGGAGUAGUAAUUUAAAACCUGGAUCCCUUCAUAGAAGCAUUCGUUUGAUCUUGUUGAUAAAUUUAUGAAAUAACGGUAAAUAGAUAAACCACAAUUUGAUUAAUAAAAUGAACUGUACCCUAGCAGCUCUGUAGCAGCAGUCCAUCACUUCAUAGACUCCUGACUCUAGCUAUAAACACGGUUCCUUGGUGGUGGGAAGGGGGGGGGGGUUGUGGAGAGAUGCGGGGGUAGCGGGGUUGGGGGGGGGGGGGUUAGAGAGCAGUAAAGAGCCUUCUCGCCCUCUUGUCUCUCUCUUUCCCAUUAAACAGCCCAAUCACAGAUUAAUUAGUCUUUCAUAACAAGUGAUGAUCGAAUUGUUCAGUCAAUAAUUUCUCCAAAGUUUGCGAGUUUAGUAUGUGGGUAGCUUUAGUUUAUUAGGCCAAAAAUUGAAGAUUUCAAGAUUUCGCUGGAAAAUGCAGUGAAAGCUUAAGACUGAAGAGGUCAGGAACAAAUCUGAUUGUAGCCUAGGUAACGAGAACGUUUUGGCGCGAACUCGCGUGAAAACGCUUGCUAUCCGAUGCAGGCUCACCUGAAUGCGAAAAUAGGCUGACGUGAAAAGCUAAGAAUUUUUUGUGCGUGAUAUGAUUCUUUCAUGCGAGGAUAAGCGUCCUCACUUUAUGUGCAUGGGUGUUUUAAACUUUCCCUUUGGCGUUUGUGUCAAAACAGUGGGGUAAAGUGCCCGUAACACCGCUGUUUAAUCAUUCCAUUGUUGAGGAAGAGCGCAUAUUAGGAAGUUAAUAAUUUCCUUACACUUUAAACAACAGUGAGAAGUAACUCACUGGACUGAGGCAGUAUUUAUUUGCAUCUUGAACUUUAACGGCCUGGUUAGCUCAGUUGGGAGAGCGGCGGUCUGCUGAGCGGGAGGUCGCGAGUUGAAACCGCGGCCGGACAAACACCUGGGCCGAGGGUCUUCAAAUAACUGAGAAGAAAUUGCUGCCUUUGUAAUGACAUCUGCAAACGGUGUAACUUUCUUGUCCUCUCGCUUCUCGGCUAAGGACGAAAAACCGUAUGUCCCGUCUCAUAGCACUUACAUUUAUCCGGUUGUUGUGGGGCGUAAAAGAACCCCCACCACUGUUCAAAAAGAAAAGGGGACGUAGACCCCGGUGGUGUGGCCAACCUUUUCUGAGCUGCGUUGGUUAUCUGUAAGGAGAGAUCUUUAAAAUAUAGGGAUAACUUCAUCAUCCUCCUUCAGGUAUCGUAAUUGCUACCUGUAAACAUGGUAUGUACUGUAUGUAUGUUGAAUUUUCCUGGACUCACAGGAGUUUUUGUUUUACUUUUUAGCGCUCAGUCCGCCGCAGCCGAGGAAGUAAACACAGCAGCAAACGAUCAUCUAAAGGAGUAGACGGAGAAAGAAAAAAAGCUUUUCUACCUUGGAAAGGUAAAUUAAGAUCUCGUUGGUGUCUUGUGAGCUUACCUUCCCUCGGUUAACUUCCCCGCGUUACUUUUUUUGUACUUUCUUAGGGACUCUUCACAUGAGCCCGGUUGACCGAGCUGGCCCGAUUUCCGAGAUCUCCCGUUAUCUCUAAAUCCUUUGUAAAAUUUUCAAUAGGGCCAUUUAUACGGGGAAAAAUGAGACGCCAAAUUUCCAUAUAAACGGCACAUUUUGUCUAAAAUAAGACGCGACUUAGCUAAGACGCGUCUUAUUUAAGAACAGCCCUUAACACCUGUUCUUAGAUAAGACGCGUCUAAGCUAGGACGAGAAAAACGUCGUAUGAAUGACCUUUGCGUCUUACAUAAGACGCGAACGCAUAGUACGCAUGCGUUAAUUUUUGGGGGAAAAUUUUCGCUUGCCCCGCGGUGGACUGGCAAGCUACUGGCAGGGAAAAGUUGUUUACAAAUUACAACGUAUUUUCGUUUCCUUGGGUUGCCAUCUAUUCUAAGACUUUUAAGCUUUAUUUGUUUCUUCGCUCAAGUAUGAGCCUGAAGUAAGCAACAAAUUUAUUCCGCCUCCGGCAUAUCUUUGAAGUCACGACCAAACCACUCCGUCGAUCUCCUUCUUGCCGUUUUUUCGGGCUCCUUCUGAACUUUUCCAAGAGAGCAUUGUUUUUUUAUAAUUCUGCGGCAAAUGAGGGUUUUUGUCAUAAGAGAAGACUCCCCCAUUUUCAUUAAAAAGGUCUUUAAAAUAUUGCCUCUGCGGCAAAUCGCAACAUGACGCCGUAACUUUGAAACGCGGCCAUGUUUGAUUGCCGUUGCUACGGGCAACAUUAACAUGAAAACGAGUCAAGAACAGAAAUAAGACGUGAACCAUUUAUUCGAGCUGCUUUCGUCUUAGAUAAGGCAUGCCCGUAUAAAUGUACAGUCCGCGUCUUAUUUUUUUCCUCGUAUAAACUGCCCUGGUGUGUUCAUAUGAGAAGGCGGGCUGGCUCGGUUCCCGAGAUCUCGGUUUUUCCAACCGUUGUCUCGGUAAGCGCGGCUGAAAAAUUUUGCCAUAUGAUCACUUCAGCCCGGUUACCGGGAUGAAAGUGGGAUGAAUUCUUUGAAACAGGAUGACACCGUCCUGCUUUGCCUGCUGUAUUUUCCACAUCAUAAGCAUCCCAUUUAGCUGCAGUUAUACAGAUAUAAGAGUUGCCAAAGCUUGCUUUGUUUCUCGAUUUUUCGCGCCAGAAUUCGUCUCCAGGAUCUUCGUUCUUAUCUCAUAUCGGAAACCGGGUUGAAUAUGAGAAAUUUCAACCCGGUUCAUAUUAUAAACCUAAGGUGAAAUUGGUUCUAGUAAGCGGGCCAGCCCGGUCAACCGGGCUCACGUGAAGAGGCCCUUAACCCUUUAAGCCCCAAUAUCCACAUAUAAAUUCUCCAAACUGAUCUCCAUACAUUUCCUUUAAGAAUAAGUUGAGAGAAUUUGAUAGCAGAUCAAAGCAUUUUCUUUUUAGUGAUCAUUUUAUAAAUUCUCAUAACCUAAUCUCUUGACAAUGUAUGAAUAUUGCUUGGCGAAAAUUGAUGUUGGUCACCAUUGGGACUUAAAGGGUUAAUCUACCACUGCGAUUGGUUUGCGGGCGAGCCGUCUCGUUGUCAAGGCAUCGCUUCCCUGCUCUUAUACCAAACACAUAUUUUGUAGCGGUUGUUCUUUCGUCUUAUAUUGGUCUUUUUUUUUUUUUCGAAAUUUCUUUCAUAGGAGAGGACAAUUGUCUCUUUAUCAGCAGUGCUUUUAGAUUUUUUAAAAUAGAUCAGCUUAGUCUGGUUGUUAAAAAAAACAACAACAUGCGUUAUCUUAUUUGUCUUAAAACUUGUGAACUUUUGCAUUUUUAACUCUGUUUUUCUGAGCCACUAACUUUUGUGUUAGUAUUACCACGUGAGGCUGAUAUCGAUAUUUUAUGUUAAACUGCAAUAAAUUUCUUUCCUCUCCCCCUUCAAGAUUCUUUUGUUUUGCAAUUAGAGCAGACAUGAUUUUCAUUUGUUUAAUACUGGAUUUUAUCGCGAACUAAAAAUAUUCUGUUCUUUAGUUAGCCUUCAAUUUAAACAGCUUUCGAUGCUCUUUUUAAGUCAGUGUAUCUCUUGCCUCCCCAAUAUGUUUUCGUGUUUUUGUCUUUAUUGUUCUUGGUAAUGUCAUCUCUUACGAUGUUUUAGUCACUACUUUAAUGAAAAGUCAUUUAGGCAUGAUUUAGUUCCUGCGACCAAGAUAUUCAUUGAAAAAAAAAAACGUUUAUCUUGAGAUCUUUAUGCAGUAAAAGCAUCUUUAAAGAUCCAUUUGUUCUUUCAUCCCGUUGAAACAUUACCGUUUACAAGUGAAAAAAGACUCUUUUGUUUAAAGGAACAAUUCUUAGGUAUUUAUAGCCAGCUUAAUGGUCGUUAACUGCCGUAGAAAGGAUAUUGCUAUUGUUUUGGAGUACUUGAAUACUAAUAAUGCCCCUCCUUCGAUUUUACAGGCAAACACGUCAAAAAAGGUUAGUAGUGAUUGCUCAUUUGCACAUCCGCCGUAUUUUUGUUAAAGAAAUCGCGACGUUAGUCUUAUUUUAUUGCCUGAAAAAAAUCAUUUGUCGGCUUAUACCUAGUGAACAACUUUUUUAAAUGCUACGAGGACGUUCGAAAUGUUGAAGUUUCAAAUCACAAGAAAGACUGAAAGUCUCUACGUCAACACGCUAGAAUUUAACUCUUAUAGCCACAGUGAGUUACAAACGCUGAACGCUUCUCUCGGCUCUUUUUUCCUACUGUCACUGACGCUUGAAUUUCUUCCCAUAUCAAGCAUUGAUCGCCAUGAGAAUUAAUUUGUUUGAACUUUUAAACUGUCUUAGACUUAAUACCUUUGACUUAAUCCCUCCUCUCUUGCAAUGGUGCGAUUAAAAUUUGUUCAAGUGUUUUGAUUUUUGUACUUUAGAUGUUCAUAACGUUUUUAUCCUUACACAGGUGACAGGUCAUUUGGGAGCCAGCCCGGGAGUGCUCGAAGCUCCAUUUCAUCGUUGUCAGAUUCAUUCCAGAAUAUCAGCCACUCUUCCGAGGUUCGUGUUUUUUUAAUAUUCUUUUUUUUUACCUCGCGCGUCACGCAAACGAACAAUGUGCCUAUUACGAAGCUUGCAUCGCGCGUGUAUAUCGCGCGCGUUAAGCCGUUGACAUGACCCCAUGGUUUUACCGUAUCCCAUUGAAGACUGUUAUCGGAUUGAACUCGCACACACCAUCUGCUGAAUAACCGUGCUAUUCAAGUGGAAUUAAUUACUAAUCCUGAUCAACAAAGGUGGCUCUUAAGGUGAUACAGUUUUUCAGAGGCCAUACCCAUGUUUUUCAAUCGCCUUAAAAGUGUUUUUUUUCCUUGUUCGAUCGCUAUGAAAGUUUCACCUGUAAUUGGCUAUGGAUUGAAAUUUGUAAAAAUGUAGUUUUAAGUAAAAUCGAUAUUACUAUGACAACAAGAAUCAAAAAACUUUGAAAUUGAUAAGAGCCGAAUUUUGUGCGAUCUAGACCAGCUACUGAUAAUCCAACGCUAGGAACUUAAAGUUUAGUGUUUAGCAAACAACCUCUGUAAGAAGUAAAAAAUUAUGUAUGUUUGAAUUUUUCCAAAUUAAUGCGCACUAUACAUACCUCCAUGACUAGUACAUUUUAGUUUGAAUUUAUCGCUUCUUUUGAAUGUAAAACAUUAGCAAUGAUUACAUUUAAAUGCACUAGUCAUGGAGAUAUGUAUGGUCCGCUUCAAUUUGGAAAAAUUAGCAUAACGUCAAAACAGCGAAUGUUGUAGCGCGGAUUUUUGACCCGUUCGUAGGAUAGGUUCGUCUUGAAAUUUCAAUGUGUUGCAGUAAAUCAAUCUUAAUGAAAGUUUCAGACAUUAUUAUACACAUUAUGUGAAGAGAUUUGAAAAAAAUUCGAGUUCGAGUCGUUUCAGAGAUAUACAAAAUAACAGGAAAAGUCCAAAUUUUGAACGAAGUUGCACUUAUACAGGUGGUGAGAAAACGGGCUAGUUUUCAAGAUCGAAAAUACACCAAAAUCUCCCAGCAUCGAAAUAUGAUAUUAAGCAGUAUUCUGACGCUACUUGAGAUUAAUUUGAGUAAUUUAUAACAUUUUUAUUAAAUAAUCUAUCACGACUAUUGAAAAUUUACGGUGUGAAUAUAUUUUUGUUUUAUUCGAAUUCAAACAUACAGAAUUUUAUUACCUUUUACAGAGGUUGUUUGCUAAACACCAAACUUUAAGUUCCUAGUGUUGGAUUAUCAUUAGCUGGUCUAGAUCGCACAGAAUUCGGCUUUUAUCAAUUUCAAAGUUUUUUGUUUAUUGUUGUCAUAGUAAUAUCGAUUUUACUCAAAACUACAUUUUCAGAAAUUUCAAUCCAUAGCCAAUUAUUGGUGAAAAUUUCAUAGCGAUCGGACAAGGAAAAAACCAUUUUUAAGGCGAUUGAAAAAUAUCGGUAUGGGCCCUGAAAAACUGUAUCGAAAAACGUUAGAUAUCAUGUCUACCCUCUAGUACGUGGCUAACGUUUUGAGUCACGGUCAAAGCUCUUGUAAGCGAUUUCCUAAGGAGUUUAUAAAAGUGGACGCAACUAGAGCUGGCCACAGUAGUUCAAAUUGGUUAACGCCAUCCGCUGGAUAGUGCAAUUGGUUCUGGUUACUUUUUUUUUCGGAGUUUGUUCCACCGACUCAAUAGUUGACAUAUGUAUCCUGGACUGCUAAGAACAAAGAGUUGAACAAUUCUUGAUGAAGUUUAACCAUUUUUCCUUUCGUUUCACAUUGUUAGUCUUUACAUGCAGACCAAAGAAGAGAAAGCGAGGCAUUUCAGUUCUGCAGAGUUGUGUUACCCGACCAGUCAUCCACGAUUCUGCUGUGUAAGGAAGGACAGACACUACGCCAAGCCUUGGUACACUUGUGCGACAGGAGACACCUCUCGCUGGUUGCUCAUGAAGUGUAUCUUGGUGGCGGAGACAAGGUAAUGUCACGAAACACUUCGAUGCUUGUUAUUUAUCUUUUUUCGUGAUCUUUCCCAAGUAAGAGUGCCUUAUAUCGAGCUAGCUAAACUAAGGCGAGCAAUUACCGUUUGAGAAAGCCUUGGUUAUCGAAAGGACUUCUGAAGUCGAUAAGAACGAAAAAUAAGUUAUAUAGACAGUAUCUCACUAAUCAAUCUUUGCAUUAUGAAAUUCGUUAUAAAAAUUACAAAAACAAAUUGAAUCACUCAUUAAGAAUCGCGAAACGUAUAUAUUACGAAAAGAAAAUCGAUGCUUCUAAAUCAAAUGCCAAAGCUACAUGGAGAGUUCUAAACGAAAUUAUUUAGACAAAAAAGAAAGCGUUUAAAAUCAAUUCCUUCUUUAAAGUUGACAACCAAGAAAUUACGGAUCCAGUAGACAUCGCUAAUAGAUUCUGUAGUUAUUUUUCUAAUAUCGGACCUAAUCUAGCCAAAGAAAUUCACUCGUCUGUCUCUCACCGCAGUUUUCUCUCUGGUCACUUUUGUCAAUCGGUGUUUUUUGAUCCAGUGACUCCAAAUGAGCUAUUCGAAAUUUCCAAUGCUUUUCGACCAGGUAAGGCAGCUGGCCAUGAUAGAAUUCCCAUUUCCAUCAUAAAAAAGUCAAUUCAAAUUAUAGCCGUUCCUUUAGCUCAUAUAAUCAAUUUAUCUAUCUCUCAUGGCAUUGUUCCCGACCAUAUGAAAAUUGCUCGCGUGAUACCACUCUUUAAAGCCGGUGAUCGAUCACUCUUUACGAACUAUAGACCGAUCUCGAUUCUCCCUAGCUUUUCUAAGUUUCUUGAAAAGGUUGUUUAUAACCGUCUUUAUAAUUAUUUAAGUAAACUAGAAAUUCUAUGUGAUAAUCAAUUUGGCUUCAGGAAAAAUCAUUCAACUUCUUUAGCAUUGAUUGACCUAUAUGAAAAAAUCUCCCUUGCUCUUGAUCGCAAUGAACAUGCCGUUGGCGUUUUCCUUGAUCUUUCUAAGGCCUUUGAUACCGUCGAUCAUAAUAUUCUGCUUGACAAACUCGAACACUAUGGUAUACGUGGCGUGGCUCUGGACUGGGUUAGAAGCUACCUCUCCAACAGGUUGCAAUUCGUUCAAUUUAACGGUCAAUGCUCCUCUCCUCAAACUAUCUGCUGUGGUGUCCCCCAGGGAUCUAUUUUGGGCCCCUUGUUUUUCUUGCUCUAUAUUAAUGAUUUAAAUAAUGUAUCGACGCUCGUCGAGCUGAUUUUAUUCGCUGAUGAUACUAAUUUAUUUAUGUCCCAUAAAGAUCCUGUCUACCUGGCAGCCUCACUCAAUUCCGAACUUAAUAAAUUAUCCACUUGGUUUAAGGCAAACAAACUCUCCUUAAACCUAAAGAAAACAAACUUUAUGUUAUUUAAGCCUAGACAGAAAAGGUAUCAUUUUCCAAUGCAAGUAUGCAUAAACGAACAGAGAAUCGAACAGGUUAAGGAAACGGUCUUCCUCGGUGUAGUCCUUGAUGAACAUCUGUCUUGGAAACCGCACAUUUCUCAAGUAGCUCGUAAAAUCUCGAAAUCAAUAGGUGUCAUUAAUAGAGCAAGAUUUUUUCUACCUAAACCGUGUCUAAAAACUCUUUAUUAUUGUUUAGUUUAUCCUUAUCUUCAUUAUUGUAUUAUUGUCUGGGGAUCUACGUACAAAACCAAUCUUCGCCGUCUUGUCUCUUUGCAAAAGCGAGUUAUCAGAAUUAUUUCUAAAUCAACUUUCGAUUCUCAUUCAGACCCUAUUUUCAAAGAAUUAGAGCUACUAAAACUUUCCGAUAUUAGACAGCUAGAAUUAGGUAAACUUAUGUUUUCUCUUAACCAUUCUCUUUUGCCUUCAAAGUUCAACAAUUAUUUUUCUUUAAACAAACAAGUCCAUAGCUAUGCCACUAGACACGCGAACGAUUUUCACCUUCCUUCUUGUAGAACAAACCUUCGUAAAUUUUCUGUCAGUUUCCAAGGACCUACUUAUUAUAACACUAUAGAAAAUGAUAUUAAAGAAUCUAAUUCUCUCCACUUAUUCAAAACGAAAUUGAAAAAAAAAUUAUAUAUGAAUUAUUAGUUAUAAAUCUUGUAGUAAAUAGUUAUAUUUCUUCCAUGUCUGAUAUUAUUUUUAUACUUAUUGUUACUUGUACCAUACCUUAUAUUUUGUCAACUCAGUCUAUGUAAUUAGUUAAUUUAUACUUACCUUCAUUGUAUUUUGCUUUCGAUCCUGGCCUUACCGUUACUGUUAACUUUAUUUUUACUCUGAGGGAGCCCAAUGUCUAUAAGCCUCAUGGUUUCUUUUUGGGCUUCCUCGCCACUUUCAUUUGCUUUUGUGUAACUGUCUUGUUUUAUCGUUAUUUGUAUUUUGUGGUAAAUCAAAUAAAGUUACAAAAGUAGUUUAGUGGUCUCACCUAUAAUUCAUGCUCUCUGCGUUGAGUUGGUUUGAUUGAUUCAUACCGGAAAACUGUCCGAAUAUAUACCGGAAAACUGUCCGAAUACAGUAAGCCCUCAAGUUGGAAGGGCAAAACAGCCUUUCUUAUAAUUUCCGGAAGAGUGUAUUUGAGAAUUGUCCGAAAAAGUAUAAAAGUAUAUUUCAUUGCUGUUGGUCUUAAAAGUUGCCCAUUUAGAGGUUUUGCAUUGUCGCGAAUUUCUGUUAAAUACUCGUGUUAUCAUUUUCACGAUGAAAACUGUCCACACAAAUUUUUCUCCAGUUGUAAACCGAGUCGGAAUUUGAGACGCAAAUCCCCCCCUCCCUUCCCACUUAUAAGACCCUCUAAAAAGCCUUUGAAAAACGUAAACGCCUCGGGGCUGCCUUAUUUUCGGGUCUUAUUUUAGGUUGUUUCUUUCGUGUUUUGUUAUAAACAAGGGAGGAAAUGCAUGCAUUGGGUUGUCCAUGAAUGAAUUGCCACUGAAUAACUUUGUUAAUAGGAUUGAUGAAGAAAAAACUUUCGGGCCGACCAUUUUUUUUUGUUUUUGUUUGAUUUUACAGCUUGUACCUCUGGAGGAACUUGAUGAAGACAUGUCCAUUAUGGGCGGCAGGGAGGUGGUACUGGAACAUAGAACACUGUUCAGGUAAACAUUCAUCCAUUCAUUCAUUCAUUUAUUCAUCCAUCCAACCAUUCAUUCAUUCAUCCAUUCAUUUUGCCGUUAAUCAUUAUCUGCAUAAACUGAGUGAUGCGUUACGCUGUUCUUGGCCGUAGAUAAACUGUUUUCUGGCUUACUGGUGCCAGGCUAUUCUCAUUUCCAUCCAGUAGUCGCACUUUAGUAGCCUACUUGUGACCGUAAUCACCGACUGGAAGUACCCCACCUUUUUUCGUUUUUCAGGGGCGAAGUGCAGCCGCUCGUAGGCUAAGCUUUGGGUUUAUAUUUGCCUUUUGUUUGUGCUGUCAAGGCUCGUCUACAAUAGAUCAAUUUCGAUGUAUGUUAAAAUUCAUACGUGGCUCCGAGGCUUUGGGGAAUAAAACAAGAGAAGUGUAUUAUUUAUUACUGAGCCUCAAGAUGAAUUUUUUUAUUCCCCCUUGAAGCCUCGCAGCCAAGAAUGAAUUUUAAUAUAUCGAAAUUGGUCUGUUGGGGGCACAAAAAAUCUCGAGCUGCUACACGAUGCGUGAUCCUCCUUUCACUCGAUUUUGCUCUGACGCGCUUGAUGAUCAGCAAGACAAAUCUGCAAUAAUCGUUCCGUAGAGGACCUUACUACAACUUCCUUGAUCUGUUCUAAUCACGUGUUUUACUGGGAUUGUUUUGCAGAUUAGAGCUCCCGGAUGGAGUGACACUUUGUAUAAAAGUCAAACCAAAUCAGAGUGUGAGGGCGUGUCUAGAGCCCAUUCUCUCCCGGCAUGGCUUGUCAACUGACAGAGUCAUUGCGCAUCUGGUGAGGAACAAGUUAUAGACCUUUUUAGCUUUUAUUUUUUGUUUUCCCAUUUCAGAAUAUGUGAUGUUACCUCAGAGAACUGUUUUUUUUUUUUAAGUGUCGUCCUAUCCACGAGCAUAUCUAUCUAUAAGUUAUGGACACCAUAAAGACAUAAGGCACAUUCCCUAUAGAACGUCACGCGCUCUGAACAACCGAAUAUCACCUUAUCAGCUGCUGGUAACCUGUAGUGAAUUAUUGUCCAGUAACAUCUAAACAGAAUGAUAAAAUUUUGUUCUUUUCUUGCUGCUUCAGGCGGAAUGUGAAGUACCGUUGGAUCCAGGUAUUCCUGCGGCAUCAAUUGAACAUCAGCAGGUGGUGAUAGAGAUCGCUGAACUAUUUGCAGGUACAUAGCUAUUUGAUAUCAUAUGAACUCGUUCCCAGAGCAUUCUCCUCGUAGAAAUGGUGACGUGCUCGUUCCCAGGAUCCUCUGUUUUCUCUUUAUCAAGGGACUGGGAAGGCUUCUUUUCACCUUUUUUGACCGGAGAAAGUUAGCACUGUUAUCUUUAUCGAAGAAAAUGAAAAAAAAAUUCUGUCAUUUGAUAACUUGUUUUCACCACUAUGGCAUUCUCAUUAUUAAGAACCAGCAGUAGAAUGACGACGGCUAUCGCGUUUUCCCGCGAAAACGACGCUGGUUCACGCGCGCCAACUACAUGUAUUGGUAUUGAGAAAAUCAGAUUUCGUUCUUGUAGUAGUCCUCGUCUCAGAAACUAAAGAUCUCUAUUCCAAAUCGUCCUGCGUUUCGCAACAAAAAAUUUGCUGUAGGCGUGGUAGGGUCAGUGAAAGAUAUUAUGGCUCAAGUCAUUUGCGAUCAGAAAUUAUACAACCUAACACAAUCUGUAAUCUUUCCAGAGCUCCCCUUUACAAUAACAUUUUGCUUUCUCAGUCACAAUAAAACAUCAGCGUUGUUUUGAAAUCCGGCGUUCUCUCUAGGAGGUUUGCCACUAUUAGCGCCUUCUGUUCGCGAUUUAGUCAGGCGCCAUCAGGGAGGCAUAUAAGUAGCGAUUAACAUACAUGACGCGUUUUGCUGCGAAUCAACCAUUACUCCAUGGUUAUCUUGAUGUGUUCACCGCGCCACACGACAACAUAGCGGUGAGCCAACACCACCGCUGCUUCCCGGUUGCAAACCUUUUGAGAUUUUUGUAGGCUCUGAAAAUGUUGAAAUUUGCCGUUAGUGGUAAGUCCCGUCAAACCGCUAUGUUUUUCUUAAUUUUGAUUAUCUAAAUGAGCGUCACUCACCGUCGAUUUCAAAUUUUAGUAUCCGCGUUCGACUUCGUUUGUAUUUUUCACCCGUGUCUAAACCUUUUCUGUGCAAGUUUUGAAGUUUCAGAGUCAUUUUCGAAGCGAUGUCAGGCUUUACAUUUUGUUAAAUUGUUAUGUUUUUCGGGGCUAGUGAGAGAACAAUGUGACGUUAUGAAGUCUAAACGUUUUCGAAAAGCAACGUACGCCAUUUGCUUUACUUUGCAAUUUUUUUUUUCUGUUAAGCAAAGUUUGACUAUCUUAUCCCUUUGAAAAUAGAAAUGACCGUGACAAAUUUUUGUUUUAUAUUUGCAAUUUUUGUUCAUUUUUACAGCCAAAGCCUUUGUUUACAAUGUUUAUGUCUGUUGGGCAAGUGAAGCCGAAAGCAGGUGGCCCCAUUCACUGAGAAUCGCCUUUGUUGAUUUUUUAAAUUAACUGUUUUUCUUUUUCCAGCAGUUAUCAUAGUCUUUAUUUGUGUUCACUAUUAUUCAAUCAAUUAUUUGAAGGUUACGUAUGGAUUAUUUAUUUUGUUGUAAGAAAAAGAAAUUCGAAAUGUCAUUGUAUAAGACUUCACUUAGGCCCUUAUUGUAAGGUGUAGUUUUUAUUUCCUCUGUUCAUAUGCUCGACAUAGUCUAGUCAAAGAGACCGUUUGCUAAUCGAAAAGCUUUAUGCACAAUCGAAAUGUUUUGGGUUAUGAAUUCCCGAUUCGUUUUAAACUAAUAAUUCCAAGUUUUCUUCAAUUUCAAGGUAAUAAUUUGAGUGUUGAAAACAACAACUUAAAAUACCUUCGACAGAGAUCCUCUAAGUCUCUUCUCACAAAAGCAUACGACGGUCUGUCAGCUACUGAUCAGUCACAUGAUCUACAGUACGGUUUUGUUAGCACACUGUACAUCGAUUGAUUAGUCUUUUACCCUGAUUGCGCCAAUAAUUUACCCUUUGACCAGUUUGAGCUGCACUUGAUUAUAACUCUUAAUUUAAACGAGUUACACAUUUGGUUUGCUGUUGUCAUAAAAUUCUAAAGUUUUUAUUCUUUUCCGUCUUUGUAAGAACUUUUGCCCGUGAGAAGUCGCGCGUCACUCAGCCAAUUCUUUUCAGAUGUAAUAAAUGACUGCGUUGCUGAAGACAGGUCGAUUACAGAAAUAAACGACUCAGUUUGUAUAAGACGAUACCAUUCGAAUCGUGCUCUUUUUUUUCUAAAUUUCUUGGUGCAGGUUAAAGUUUCCUGUAUCCCUAUAAUUCCACUGUCUCUCUCGAAAAAGUAACUAUAGCCCUGGUGCUAUUUUUGACCCCAAAUCGUUUUUAAUUAAAUUUAUUGUCGGGAUUACUUAUUAUCGGAGAGUUUCCUUUCCUAUGUAGAUGUUGUUUGGCUCGCAUGCAUUUGCUUGUUGCUUUACACGAAUAAACACGUGUGACACGUUUGAUCAUAUGAAGUUGAAAAAAAUCACUCCAGAAUUCAAGUAAAACCAGCGGUGGAUGUCAUCUUAGAUUUGCAACUGAAUUGAACUGUUGUUUUCCUAUAUCGAUCGUAAAUCUCAUAGUUUUUUUUGUCAGAGGCCUGAUAUUUUGAAGUCCCGUCAGUUUUAUUUAGAAAUUGUAUGAUUCUAUAUCUAAACCGAAUUAUAGGAUCUUUGAUCCUCGAUCCUGGUUUUCCAGGAAACCGUCAAGCUUACGUGGUUUGGAUAUGUUUAAGUAUCGACUCCCCUUACCUUCACCCCCUAAGGGGAAAUAGCAUGCAAUGUCCAUAUCUUUAAUUCGUUGUUUUGUUAUAUUCUUAAGGAAAUGCGAACACAUCCUCCCGUGUUCCUGGAAGGCGAGCGAACUCUUCUCGAGCUUCGCGGCGCGGCAGCAAAAAGAACGCGUUUGACGACCUCGCUCUCGAAGAAGUCAUGCGCGGAAGGCGACAAACACUGGGCGAUGGACACUUUGAUGAAACAGGGAUCUGGGUUCCAGAUUUGCAGUCGGCGCCCCUCAGUGAGGACUCUUUAAAGAGCUUAGGGCGCGGAGACGAGAGUGGAAACAGUCUACUCAAGUCUCAAGGAUUGUUUGCAAGGAAACGAAGAGAAGCCAGCGAACAGGAUAAAAUUAUUCCGGUUGCCAAUAAAAGCGGUCGCUUUGGCAACGAUAAGCCGACAGAUGUUAAAGGUAAGGUUUUAGGCCGUGAAAAUAGAUGCAGGCUGUCUUUGUUCAAGCUACUCAAAAUAACAUUCUUUAAGCAGUUAAAUAAGUGAAAUAAUGCAAAACUAAAUUGUUCAUUCGUUUUUUGAAAAAAACGAGUGUUUUCCGAUUAAUGUGCUGUGAAAUAAAAGAAUCUUCAGCACAACGCGAAGAUUUCUUUGAAAUUGUGAGUUGCACGCGAGUAUUGAAUAAGGCGAACUUUAACAUCUCCCGUAUUUCUCGCAGUUUUGUUUUGUUUUCCAGCCUCCUUCAAAACGUAAUUUUGAGCUACUGUUAAUGGAAAGUUUAUUUAAAAUUCUUCGAGAGAAACUGUUUGUCUCGUCAACAGAGGGACGCGUGAAUUGAUAGCAAUCCUACCACCUGCACCUUUAUAAAUUUUACUUGGCGUUAACUUAGUUGCCCUUGGUGAUAAUAGGCUUAUUCAGUUUCUCUAUAAUGUGCGGGAUAAACAACGGUUAUUUUCAUGUGGAUUAGUGGAUGGACAGAGUGGCCAUUUUUCAAAGGUAGCGGUGGGCCAGUGAGCGAAUAAACAGGGUAGCAAAGGGAAGGGGAGGGGGAGUAAUUGAUGUCAUUAUGCGGAGUAUACACUUUUUACCAACUUUAUGUCGGAAGAAGUCUAGAAAUUUAUGCUUUUGGCGUAUACGUGUCGUAGUUUGAGAACUAUUUCGUCAUUUACAAUUGAAAUGUACGUUAUUUGUUUUUUUUUAAUAUGUUGCUCUUAAUUAUGACAGAGAUAAGAUUAGUCGUGUUGUGUAAACUGCUUAUUUCAAUCUUGGUGAAAUUAACAGUUUGCAUUACACAGCCGGGGUAAUCUUCGUAUUCUUGGUUGAAAAUCUUAAAUAAGUUGGUAAUGUAUACAAGCUUUAAUCUAUCUCGACAGGUGCUUUUUCAAAUUCUAAUUCGCUCUUUUCACGUCACUCGGAGAUGCUCUUCGUUGUCAUCUUGAUAUUGUGUUCGCGUUCAGUUUGUCAGAAAUCCUCAUACGUUUUUCUAUUCUUCCGCUGUAUAACUCAAGGCUUAAAAGAUUCAUUCGUAGAAAUCCCUCAUCACCAACGGCAGAUUGAAAAUUAAGGUAGCAAAUCUGAUAACCUAUAAAAUGUGAUAUAUUUAGCGUGUGCCACUGAGUGGUGCGUUUUGUUAAUGCUGCAUCUUUUGAUAAAUUCAUACAGUGUUUUUUGUUUUGUUUUUAUUCUCUCGACGUUGUAAAGACUUUUGCAUUCGUGGUGUAAAUGAAUUUUCAUGUUUAUAUAAACCAUUGCGUUAAGUUUUAUGUAAUCACUAAGCCAAUUAGCUUUUCAUCUCUUACUUACAAUUUCAGUGAGGAGCGAAGAUGUUAAAAGACUUGGUCGAAAUAUUAUUGCGAUUCGCUGUUUAGUGCGUAACGAAGAAACACUUGUUAUAGUAGACUUUUACGCUUGUUGAAGAAACGUCUGUUUCUUGAGUUAGAUUCCUCCUUUUUACUAUUAGAUACUUCACUUUUUUAAAUAUUCUCUAUUAAAUUGAGAAGUUUUCUUCGCUUUCAAUUGCUUUGCGGUUAGAAGGUUACAGAUGGCAUUUUAACGUUUCUUCUGAACACGGUUUCAUGUUAGCCAUACUGAGGCAGACUAUUGAUUUACAAUUUUGUGUUGUUUCGCAGACUUCUUCGAGUUGAUAAGCAAAGCCCAGGCCAACAGAAUGGACGAUCAAAGAGGCGGGCUCAAAGGUAAUUUGGAGCUUCCAGAUUUCCUGAAAAUUCCCAACCAUAAAACAGCUGAAACCGACGGCUCUUUUAAGGUCCCAUAUGCUCCUCCUCCACCUCCUGGCUUCAGAAAUGGGGAGACGAACAUGAAGAAACCCGCGGUUAAAAAAACGUUGUCAAAUCCUGUUACUCCAGGUCCUGAGAAAAUGGACUUGAUGCAGGAGCUGUCUGUGAAAUUGUCUAAGAGAUCCGAUUCAACAAAGACUAAUUUGUCGUCUCCCAAGGAAAAUAUUGAGCGAAAUACCGAACAAAAUGAAAUGCUAUUAGAUUAUAAUUUUAACUCGCGGCUUCAGCCGCAACAAGAACAGAACGGCAGUAAAGCUGUUGGAGCGAGAAGGGGAGAAAGAAAUCUUCGUUCGGAGAGACCAAGAUCUUCAACUGAUGUUGAAGUCUAUACUGUGGAUGCGGCGCGCGGGAUGCGGGUUGAAACGGGUCCUCAACCUCGACCCGUAUCUGAAAAUGAACCCCCAAGAAACGUGGCACACGUUCAACCUUUAGUGCGAUCACAGGGUUCUCAGCCUCUGACUGUAAAUAGUUUGCGUGGAAUUCACUACGCUACUAAUCCACGUCGUAACCCUGGUGACCAAGCGGGGCACUAUCGUUCAAACAACGUCGGCAGCGUCAAACCGCAAACAAUCGAGCGGGUUACUUCCAAGUCCUCUCAAAAUGUGAGAGAAACUACGCCGGCAAUUUACAACGUGAAACCCGGUGCAAAACCCGGGUCAAUUCGUAAAGCAAUGCAAGGAAAAGGUUUCGAUGAUUCGAGGAGAUUUUCAAGUAUUCCCGUCGAUAUUCCUUCGCGGAAAAUAGUAUCUGCUUACAGUUUGCCUGAAGUAAGCACACGAAAGGCCGAAAUACUCGUCCCCUCCUCGGGCGGCCCACCUCCAGUCCCUCGAAGAACUGUCUCUAGUAUGGAGGCAAGACGACCGCGGCCCAAGCCAAUCAUUGGCUCAGAGGAGCUUUUAGCAGGGCUGGAAAAUACUGUGGUAGAAUCACAGUUGAAGGCGUCUCCUUCGUCGGCACCGAGCCAGGAUAUAACGAGAGUAGCGAGUCCGCUUCCUCCCCCACCUGCCCCUCUCUCGGGAUCAAUGCAUGAUCUACAACUAGCGGACUUCUCACCGCCUCCUUCGAUAUGUGAGUCGCCGGAAGGACCCAACACCUCCCAGUAUCGUCGUUCUUUAGACUCUUCGAUAACCCAGCAGACUUUUACAUCGGAGUCGUUUCCAAGUAGUACAACUUUUCAGGCCCGACACAGCAUUGCCAGUCCGCCAAAUUAUUCUGGCCCAGUAGCUUACGUUGAUUUACCAAACAAGGACGUUCAACGGCAAAGGAUAGACAACAGAUCAACAGACUCUAAUAGACAAUCAAUUAAAACGCAUAUUAGACUAAGCAAUUCGCACGUUCCAAAUCCGGGGGGAUACUCUAACCAGCCAGGGAGGAGUGAGGAUCACACGGACGCAGCUUCACAACCACGGCGAUCCCCCCCUGACAUUCAUACGCCUGGUUCGGGAACUCCACCCCUUUCGAACGCAAACAAAACCAUGACACCUCUGUCAACAAAUGAAAGAACUCUAGUUGAUGAGUCUUCAGAAAGUGACACGCCCUAUACGGGUCACAGACCAUCAAUAGACGUUGCGUCUAAACGACUCGUACACGGCACCUCGCGGAGCGUGGACUCGGAAAAACGACGCAGUCGGCAGGAUGGUGAGAUUCCAAAGCUUGACCCGUAUGUAACAUAUGAAAAGGAAGAUUUGAGGAUAACUUUUGUAUAGGAAUUUUACUGAUUUUAAUUAACAGAGAUUAAAUGGAUACGUUUCUCCUAACAGUGAAGCUUGGUUUUCACGAGGGACCCAAUCUCAUUGUAGACUUUCUUCGAUUUCUAAAAUGUGUAAGUUCCGAAGUGUAGUUUUUAGAAACAGCUGUGUCAUGGACUAGGUAAAGCUCUGAGGCAAUAGGCCCUUUGCAGCUAGUCAUUCACGUGGUACAAAACCGCCGUGCGGAAGAGCAAGGGACGCACAGGGACAAGACAAACAGAGAGCUCACAUUAUUUAAAACGGUAGAGUGAUUUUACUUGAACCGUGAAAUAGGUAGUAGAAUACUACGCACUAUUAUGCACUAAUUUUAUUGUCUUCUUUUGUUUACCUCUCGCAGUUUUGUAUUAUUUAUUAGUAUCUGUCUCACGGUUCAAGUAAAAUCACUCUAAUUUCCCUUGUUUGUUUUCUCCCAGUGCGUCCCUUGCCCUCCAGCAUGGCAGUUGUUUUUGUACCACGUGAAUGACUAGCUGUAAAGGGCCCUUUAUAGUUCAGUAAAAUCCUGCGUGUGUAGGUAAUCCUUGCCGUCGCAAAAUCUCGUCCUGAAAACAAGCUUGACGCAGAUUCUUCUAUCCUCUUAGUUUCGAAUAAUUUCACUUGAUAUGUUCUCGCAUGUUUGUUUCUAUUUCCGGGCAAACCAAGCUUCAUUUUGCGGAGAAUGAGCGGCAGCAAAAUUCGAUAUAUUUUGUUUACUAAGGCUUUAUAAAAGGGACAAGUGGAAAGUGUGCCACUUACGAUUCUGAUUUGUAGGCUCGAUGACGGUACAGUAAAAACCCGCGAGUAAAGGACGGACCAUUAGAAAAGUUAUGGGGGGGGGGGUGGAAUUUUCGAGCCGCAGGAAUUUUUUUCGUUGUCAAAUUCCCUUUAUGAAUUUUUUUAGGCCAUAGCAUGAAUAGUUUUUGGAUUAAUUAGCGUGCAUGAAUUUUUUUCCAUUUAAUUUUCCCUUGCGCGGAUAUUUUUUUUGUACUUCGCCCCCAGGCUGGCGGUAGUUUUUUGUUUUAGAAUCUUCUUUUUUUUGUUUUUGUGACGUAAGAUUAUAAUGUUUUGGGUUUUUUUUUGGCUUGCAUUUUUUUUUUCCUUUUUUUUCCCCUUGGCGGGUUUUUUUUUUUUUUCUUCCCCCCCCCCCCCCCCCCCAAAAAAAAAAAAUGCACCUGCAUUUUCCCAAAUUAGCGACCUAAAUAGGUUCUUACAUAAAUGUUAAUUAGCACAAAUUUAGGCAAUUUAAGUUCUUAAAUAGAAAAUACAUUGUAGACAAGAGUAUAAGCUUAUUCCUUACAUGAAAUCUGCGUCCCAUAACAGUGCAGUUGGCGUGAUAUGGCACCUAUUUCUCCAAAGAGGUUCCUGAAUGUUGACUUAUCUUUUUUGCCAAAGUGUACAGAGUAUUUUUUUUUUGUAGAGUUUAGAAAAUAAGAACCUGUUUCAAGUUUUAGGCUAAACAGGUUCUUGUAUAGAGGGGGCCUAACUUGCAAAUUUUAACCUAACAUGUUCUUAAAAACCAGGUUCUUACUCGCGGGUUUUUACUGUAUCAGGAAACGAACAAGUGGGGCCAUGACUGACUUGAAAUCGUGCAGCGCACUUUUUACUGUGUAAAUUUUAUAUUUAACCCGAACUGAAAUAGGAUUAUUUUGUGGGAGUUACUUUUUAAACUGGCAACUGAGGCUAUUUUAAAACAAACGUAUAUUCGUACUUGAAAUCUCAGUACCUAAAUAGUUGUUUUAAAUCAGAUUUUCUUCAGUUUUGAGAUAAUAUUGCGUCGUUUUUAAGAUUAAUUUUUAAAAUUAUUCUUUACUCUUGAAAAGUUUUAUUGUUAGUGCACGGCGCGGAUGAUUUCCUGGGCCGCUGCAGUUUUUUAAGCAACUGAAAGUCAAAUGAUUUAUAUUUUUGUUUAUCGAGACAAUGAUUAUUGCACGUUUAUUUGAAAACUAUUUAUGAAUUAUCUCCUAAAUAUAUUUUACUCACGAAGUUCAGUACGGGAGGUGAGAAAUUUAAAUUUUGUACAGGUUGAGCGCACGGAAUGUAUUUACUCCUUGUGAACUAAAAAAAUAACUUUUAUUCUGUUCUUGGUGUUUGGUUGUUCGGUUAGCGGGACAGGUUAGACAAAGAAACAGAGCCCUUUGUUUGUCCAAUCAGGACCAUACACUUAUUUGUUUACGCGCGAAGAACUUCAUGUUUCCUUUAUAAAAUUCAAAAAUGGAUUUUGAAUCUAACGAAUCCUCACUCUAAAUGGAUCCAUUAGAUGAAAUCUAAAUAUGGAUUUCUAAGACACAGGAUCCGUACGUUUCGUUUGUUGAAUGUGUUGCGACUUGUUGCUCUGUUUUGUGAUUGGUUUUCGUUGUUCGAGGGGCGUUAGUUGUUUACAAGCAAGUUAUCUCGCAGUAAUAGGUCAUAUUGUUUAUUUGGUCUUAUUUAUGAGAUGCAAAAAUUUUGAAAUGAAAUCAAAAGUGUUUUACGUCGUGUUUUACAAGCACUCAAGUAUUGGUUAGUUUUGUAUCAUAGAUUAUUGCAACAUUGCUACAAUGUGUGGAAAUGCACAGUCUUACAAGGCAAUAUCAAGAGGAUCAUUAAUUAAUAAAAUAUACAUUACCAUACUUUUUGUGUAAUGACAAAUUCCGCUUCUUUCCUCUAGCAGCAAUGUGCCGCUUGCCC